UUUCAACUGAACGGACGGUCUGCGCCCAGCGAGGGUCGAUACGAAACUAUCUGACGUGCGUUUGGCUAUUUGCGAUUUGCGAUCACACGCGAGUGUCCACUGCGAAAUGUUACUCGGUGCGUUGUCGUUAUCCUUGCCGCUGUCGUUGGUCCUGCCGCUGUCAUUUGCCGGAUUUUGGCAGCCCUCGCCAAAGUUGUGAGCGAGUGAAAGUUUUGUGCAUUUGUCGUGCGGCGACUUCGGUUUACCAUUACUCUAACAUUCGCAUUUGCGUGCUUAAUUUGAAAAGGAACGUGAAGGUAAAGGAUUUCCAAAGCCAUGGCCGAGCCGCACUGGCUGCCACGCCCCCAGUUUCGCCCACGCCCUCAGGUUAAUGUCCUACAAUUGGCCACCGCGAUAAUGGCCACUGUCGCGGUUACCAUGCUGAUGACAGCCACGCCCACACUCGCCGAAAUCCCAGCAAAAGGCAAACACACGCGCCUGGACAGCCAGCAGACGGCACAGGAUGAUUCCGAUUUUCCGCGAUUUGCGGAACCCAUUGCCAAUGUGACUGUUUCCGUUGGCCGAGAUGCCUUGAUGGCCUGCGUGGUGGAGAACCUCAAGGGCUACAAGGUGGCCUGGGUUCGAGUGGACACGCAGACGAUCCUGUCCAUUCACCACAAUGUCAUCUCGCAGAACAGCCGGAUAAGCCUGACCUACAAUGACCAUCGAUCGUGGUACUUGCACAUCAAGGAGGUGGAGGAGACGGAUCGCGGUUGGUACAUGUGCCAAGUGAACACGGAUCCCAUGCGCUCCAGGAAGGGCUACUUGCAGGUGGUGGUUCCCCCCAUGAUUGUCGAGGGCCUGACGAGCAACGACAUGGUGGUGCGCGAGGGUCAGAAUGUAUCGCUGGUUUGCAAGGCACGUGGCUAUCCAGAGCCCUACGUCAUGUGGCGUCGCGAGGACGGCGAGGAGAUGCUAAUUGGCGGGGAGCACGUCAACGUGGUCGACGGGGAGCUGCUGCACAUCACCAAAGUGAGUCGCCUGCACAUGGCCGCAUAUCUGUGCGUCGCCUCCAACGGAGUCCCGCCAUCGAUUAGCAAACGGGUCCACCUGCGUGUGCAAUUUCCACCGAUGCUCUCCAUUCCCAAUCAACUGGAGGGAGCCUAUGUGGGUCAAGAUGUAAUACUAGAGUGCCAUACUGAGGCCUAUCCAGCAUCUAUAAACUACUGGACUACGGAACGCGGCGACAUGAUAAUAUCGGACACCUCGAGAGCCGGCGAUAAAUACGAGACCACAUCGACCGUCAGCGGUUACACAAAAUACAUGAAGUUAAAAAUCCGUGCCGUUGGUCCCAACGAUUUUGGCACAUAUCGCUGUGUGGCCAAAAACUCUCUGGGCGAAACCGAUGGAAAUAUAAAGCUGGAUGAAAUGCCAACACCAACAACAGCCAUUAUUUCAGAGAUGUCCUUGCUCAACCGCAGCUAUGAUGGCAAGAGACGUCAUAGAAAUAAAUUUGACUCGGCUAACGCUUUGCCUGAUUAUGGGGUUGAGGAGUGGCGUGACGGUGCCCAAGGCAACCAUGCUGGGAACAAUGGCGAUAACAAUCAAACGCCCGUGCGUAAUCCGCCCGGAGCAUUUCACAAUUCUGCAGGCUCACUGGCGCAGCAUAAUCUACUUGCUAAAAUAAUGCUCGGCAUUAAAACGCAAUCAUUUGGGAUUUUCAAACGUUUAUCGAGUUCUUUGCCAACGGCAACGGCGGCGGCGGUGGUGCAGGGCUGGCCGUGGCUGUCGACGUUAUCGCUAGUCUCGCCAAGUCGGUGGCGUAUGAGUAAUAUGGAAAGCCAGCCGAACUCACCGGAGACCAUUGUCAACAACGAUACAGUCAUGGGCGCCGGAAGCUGGGUGAGCAGAGGCCAUUGCGGGAACAACAACAACAUCACAACGAACAGUCCACAAAUGUGGGCGCGGCAAUUGCGCAUAUUUCACAUUGCUCAUACGCCGUGUGGCGCGUCAACGCAGCACUCGAAACGCCAACGCCUAUGCGAACGCCAGUGGCAAUGGCUGUGGAAAUGGAAGUGGCAACGUCAAUGGCAGUGGCAGUGGCGGUGGCAGUGGCAGUGGCCAAUGCUCAUUUGCAUAGUAAUAUUGGCUGGCUGUUUUGUUCGGUGGUGGCUGCCAAUGCUGCUGCAUUUUAUCGGUCGCCACAUCGGAACAUUUUCUAUUAGCGCGACGCAUAGGCAACAUUUAAUGUGCCCGUUUUGGGCCACCCGUGGUAAUAAGGUUGUCGCCCAAAACACUACCCCACUCGCAAUGCUCUGCCCCUGGAAGUUUUCAAGAUGAAAUCAAAUAAUUGCAAAGGCAAAAGAAACUCAUUUAGGGCACAAGCAGCUUGAGGAAUGAAAUCAAACCUUGGCCAGACGAAGACAAGGAUUGGGAUGAAUAGAGGCAAGAGGCGGAAGUCCGGACAACUGCAGCGGUGGGAUAUACGUUUGUAUGGGGGUCGGACAUAUAAUAGUUAUGUUUAUACUAGAGCGUAAAAUGAAAAUCAUGUCUAGGACAAGCUGGCCAAAAGCGACAGCGGAUGCGUCUGACAUUCGGCAAAUGAUGUGGCUUCAAUAUCUUUGGCUAGUGUGGCUAACAAAAUGUAAUAUACCUAUGAGUAUCAAAAUAAAUGUCUUCAUUAAACAAAAUUUUUUGGCUUUUGAUUGAAAAAAUAAAAAUGUUUUCAACCAAAUCUAAAUUGAUCUUCAGCGAAUACAGCAUCACAAUUUUGAUUGUGAAAUAUACAAUAUUAAACUUUCUAACAAUUUAUUAAAUAAAUAAUACUGAGGAUCUUAAAGGUUUACGUUCAGGACACACACGUUUAAAGCCACAUCUGAUUACAAAAUGUUGUAUUAUAUAUAAACCAUAAUAGUUCCAAUUAAAUGGAAAUAAAUUAAUUAUAUUCCACAUAAAAAAAAUGCAAAAGAGAAUCGGUUAGAAGUGGAAAAAACGGUUAAUCAAAUUUGCAUUUAGAUGAAAGUAUUUACGCAUACUCGUACAUAGCGAAUUUACAUAGUAAAUUUAGCAGAAUUAUAAAAAAAAAACACAAAAAAAAGCCACAACAUAGCAAAGCAAAAAAGUGUUGGAUUAAGUAAUUUAUUGGAUAUAAUGUUAACACUAAAUAUACAAAUGAAAUUUUUUUGCCUAUGUUUUGUCAAUAAAAUUAAACUGUUAGCAAUGGAUUUAUUUAAUUAAUAUGAUUUUGAUUGCAUUUAAUUUGUUUCACUUAAAGUCAUUUAUGAGCGAAAAAAUAACAUGAAAUGAUUAUUAAGUUCCAUAAAAAUCAUAUUAAAUUAAAUUACCUUUAUUUCUCUUGUUUCUUAUGUUGUUAUUGAGAAUUUUUCUAGAGCAUUUGUAUACUCCUCCCAAAUGUAAAUAUUUCAAUAGUAUAAGCAUUAAUAAGUAUUAAAUGAAUUUAAUGAAACUUCGCUGUACAUAUGAAAGAAAACUAUAUGUGUAAACUCCGACUAAAUUUAUUUAUAUCUAAGGCUCAUAGGGCUUACAGGGCCCUGUUUAAUAAAUUAAAUAAGUAAUACAAAUACAAAAUUAUUAAAAAAUGCUUUAGUUUUCAUUUGUAAAUAAAUCUACCACAUAAAUAUAUACAAGUUGAAAUGAAUGUUAAAGCGUUAAUGAAAUCAAGUAUAUAUCUAUAGAUGUAGGUCGAAACAAAAAAAAAACAGCAAACCAAAAAACACAUCUAAAAUUUGCAGUUUAAAUAUGAUGAGACCUAUUUAUUUAAGCCUACUUAAGAAGCUCAGAAAAUAUAACUAUAAAUACGAAAAAUUAUACAUAACUCGUAAGUUAGCUAUAACAUAUAAAUAUAUGUAUUGAGCUCUAUAUAUGUGAAUAAGUGGCAUAUCUAUGUGACGUAUUUGUAUGUAAAUGUAUGCAACAGUUUACAGCAAAAAUAAAACCAAAAAAACAA